AAACCAAACCAAAAAAAUUAAUAUCAACAAAUAGUCACACAAAACCUGAAAACCAUCUCCUACUUACCAGCCACACAUCAGAUAUCCAUCGAUCACCAUCUCCGAAAGCCAUGUCCGACCUGCCUCCAGACCUGCCCGCUCCCCAGCAACUCCAGCCGAUCUACUACGAUCCAUCUGGCACCGAUGGAUCUCGGAAACGGUCAUCCGUCGAGCCUGCCGACCCAUCCUCCUCAAACUCGAACGCAGCCUUCGAUGGCCCUGAAAAGCGACAGAGGAUGGACGAGCUGCGAAUGGCUUCACACACCACUGGGCUCCCGAUCGAUCAGUUCUCGACAUCAGCCCAGAGGCCCCUCCCGAAUCCUGAUCGAUCACCUCAAGCUGAACCCAUCCUGCCAAAUGACGCGACCCAGGCCCCGUCCUCACAACAGCCCCCUGGCACCGAUCAAGACCAAUCCUCAGCUAACAAGGACCAACCCGGGAAGGCACCACCGCCCUUCGACCAACGCAAACGACAGGAGGAGCAGGCGAAACAGUAUCUACUCGCCCAAACCCAAGCCAUCAUCAUCCCUUCCUACGCCGCUUGGUUCGAUCUCACCAAGAUCCAUCCCCUGGAAAAGAAAUCAUUGCCCGAGUUUUUCAAUGGAAGAAAUCGCUCGAAGGUGCCCUCGAUCUACAAGGACUAUCGCGACUUUAUCGUCAACAGUUAUCGCCUCAACCCAUCCGAAUACUUAACCGUCACCGCCUGUAGACGAAACCUGGCCGGUGAUGUCUGCGCAAUCAUGAGGGUACAUGCCUUCUUGGAACAGUGGGGGAUCAUUAACUAUCAGGUCGACCUGGAUACGCGACCGACUCCAGUCGGCCCACCGUUUACUGGACACUUCCGCGUGCUUCUUGACACCCCUAGGGGCUUUAUGCCCCUUCACUCGGGCACCGUCUCGCGCAAAACACCCGCCUCUCUAUCUGCUCCUGCCGCUCCCUCGACACCGGCUCCUCCUGGCUCUGCCCCCUCUCAACAACAGCCAAGCGCGCCUUCUAACAUCGAUCUGCGCAAGGAUAUAUACUCAAACUCAUCUGAAUCUGGACCACAAGUGAUUCGAUGUGAUGUCUGUGGGACGGACUGCAGUAAACUCUCCUACCACCAUACCCGGCUCAGGAACUACGAUAUUUGUCCAAACUGUUAUCAGGAAGGACGCUUUGGUAGUCAGAUGAACUCGGCCGAAUUCAUCAAGCUCGACCGGCCGACCGGAGUGCCAGUCGACUCGAAAUGGACCGACCAAGAGCUCCUCCUCCUGCUCGAAGGGCUCGAGAUGCAUUCGGAUGAUUGGGAGAAAAUCGUGCAACACGUAGGGGGAACUAAGACGAAGGAAGAGUGUAUCCUCCAGUUCUUGCGCAUGCCGAUCGAGGAUGAAUUCUUACGGAACUCGAACGCCGAACUGAAUACGAGCUCGGUUCUUGGACUAGGCAAGAUCCCGUUGAGUGGAGCCGAGAACCCGGUGCUAUCGGUCUUAUCCUUCUUGGUUGGAUUAGUCGAGCCCGAACUGGUAGCUGAGAUGGCGGGGAAAACGGUAGAUAAGAUCAAACAAGAUCUACGAUCCAAAGUCCUCGCGAUCCAGGAGGAUAGCGCACGUAAAUUGAGCGAAUCGCAGAAGACAGGUGAAGAAACAGAGGCCGGGCCCGAUCUGACGAUGGAUGCUGGUGAAACGAAAGCCCCAGCAGCAGUUGAAGAGCCGAGCCAUCAAUCGAUGGAGAUUGACGAGUCGAGUCCAGCGCCCAAACGGACGGCAGUGGAGAUAGCGGCAGCAGCAUUUGCAUCGGCCUCGGCCAAAGCUCUUGUGCUGGGCUCGGAGGAUGAGGUGGAGCUGGGGAAGCUGAUGGAGACGGUGACGGAACAGACGAUCAAGAAGCUCGAGUUGAAGCUCAAACAGUUCGAACGACUCGAGUCGGCCGUCGAAGUCGAACGUCGCAACCUGGAACAGUGGCGCCAGAACUUGAGCAUGGAACGUCAGGCCGUCGUCAAGGAGAUCGCCGAAUUCAAGAAAAUGAAGGCCGGGACUGAGAGCGCCUUGGAUUCGCUUCGUGACGAACGGAACGGCUUGAUGGGCCUUCCUGUCCAAGCUGUACCCGUCCCACCUAACGAAAUCAAUGGGGAUCUCGGAUUCGGAGAACCAGGUCAAGGAACUCUGAAUAUGAGAUGAAAAAAAACCCUCAAACCAAAAAAGCAAACAAACAUUAGUUCUCUCUCCUUUAUGCUUGUGUGUGUGUUGUAUUGUAUUUCUUUCUUUCUUUUUUUUGUCUAUUUGAGGCUUCUCAAGAAGAAAAAAAAGAAAGGUGGUCUGAAUUUGUUAAUGUUGAGAUUACAGACCCACAUCUACAUAGCUCUUUUGGGGAUAAACAAAGUAGUAGUAAUAAGA